AUGCCGGACACCUUCAGUGGCUGUGCACAAGUGAAAGCUGUACACGCUUCUGCUUUACUGGGCACCGCUAUCGUUGCCGUUGUUGAUCAAUACAACCGAUCACAAUUACUACGUGCUGUAUUGGAUUGUGGCUCCAUGAGAUCGAUUAUCACUACCCGAGCUGCCCAGCAACUUGGUAUCACCAUCAUGCCCGCACGCAUUCAGAUUAAUGGUAUCUCUGAACAAGCGACCGCUGUAAAAGGUACCACUCAUUUGACACUGCUAUCUCGACCGCAGUUUAACACCUUUCUCCAAACUGAAGCCCUUGUCUUAGAGCAAAUAGCUGGUGACCUACCCGCUUUUCCAAUCAGCAGUGAGCUCAAAACCUCACUUUCACAUUUGGAUCUCGCUGACCCUGGUUUUGACCAACCCAAUAGGAUAGACCUCUUGAUCGGAGCUGACAUUUAUCCUAAUGUAUUUGUUUCUUCCGCCAAUGCUAUUAUACCAGGAAAUCCCACUGCCUUCGCCACUAUAUUUGGCUAUGUUCUGAGUGGAAAGCUAAAUAUUGAGGACUCGCCUGCUCCGCUUCAUCAGAUGCAACUUAUCUGCACCAUGUUUGCCCGCGAAGAACCGCUUGCUGAGGUCAUGAACAAGUUUUGGGAGACUGAAGAUGUCCAAAUAAAUGCGAAAUUCUUAUCAAUGAUGAAGGCAGAUAUGUAG